AGCUAAAUACCGUACCAUAUGGUACCAAACUCGUAGACAAUAGGAGGGAGCAAGAAAGGACCCAUUGUGAAAGUAGGGAGUAAUAAAAAAUGAAUAAACAAAUGACGCCGACGGCCAACCGAAAUGAACUCAUUGUUUGGGACUUUUCUUCUGUAUACAGACCACCAGAAACGAAUCCUUUGUUCCCACCCUCUUUCUCCGCUCAUCUCCUCCCCUCCUUAAACAUCCCUUUUCUGUUCUCCCUCGCUCGUCUUUCAAUUCUUUCUUUUGAGAAAUAAGCUUCAGUUUCCGGUCAGACUAGAUAGCUGCUGCCGAUUAUAAUUUGAAGAGAGAAUGUCAGGAGGUACACAGAACAGCUUGAGAAAAACCCUCGGAGCACUUAAGGAUACCACCACUGUUAGUUUAGCUAAAAUUAACAGCGAUUACAAGGAGUUGGACAUUGCUAUUGUUAGGGCAACGAAUCAUGUUGAGCGGCCAGCGAAAGAGAAACACAUAAGAGCGAUCUUUGCUGCUAUUUCUGCCUCGCGGCCUCGAGCUGAUGUUGCAUACUGCAUACAUGCUCUUGCAAGACGGCUUUCCAAGACACAUAAUUGGGCGGUGGCACUGAAAACAUUGAUUGUUAUCCAUCGUGCAUUGCGGGAGGUGGACCCUACAUUCCAUGAGGAACUUAUUAACUAUGGACGGAGCCGGAACCGCAUGCUUAACAUGUCUCAUUUCAAGGAUGACUCGAGUCCAAAUGCAUGGGAUUACUCUGCGUGGGUGCGUUCCUAUGCAUUAUAUUUGGAGGAGAGGCUGGAGUGCUUUCGGGUGCUGAAAUAUGAUGUGGAAUCUGAUCGUACGAAAACCAAAGAUUUGGACACUCCGGACUUGCUUGAGCAGUUACCAUCCCUACAGCAACUUCUAUAUCGUGUUAUUGGUUGUCAGCCACAAGGGGCAGCUAUUCAUAAUUUUGUGAUUCAGUUUGCACUUUCCAUGGUUGCUUCUGAAAGUAUUAAAGUUUACAAUUCUAUAAGUGACGGCACUGUCAAUUUGGUUGACAAGUUUUUUGAGAUGCAACGCAAUGAUGCUCUUAGGGCUUUGGAUAUAUACCGCAGGGCUGGUCAGCAGGCUGAGAGACUCUCUGAGUUUUAUGAGAUAUGUAAAAAUCUUGACGCUGGCCGGGGAGAGAGAUUUAUCAAGAUUGAGCAGCCCCCUGGAUCUUUUCUACUAACCAUGGAGGACUAUGUGAGAGAAGCACCUCGGUAUUCUACAGCUCGCAAGGAUUCUGCGAUUGAAGAUAAAAAAGUGGUCUUGCCUAUAGAGUACAAGAAAGAUUCGGAGGUGAAAGAGGUGGACCCACCUUCACAUGAACCAAUACCAGAACCUGUUAAGGUGGAAACUCCUGUGGCUGAACCACCGGAUUUGUUGUCUCUGGAUGAUCCGGCUCCAGCUCUUGCCGAAUUAGAUGAGAAAAAUGCCAAUGCUUUAGCUUUGGUUCCAGUUGGUUCUAUGAACCAACCUGACUCUACUGGCGGUCCAAAUCUGGCAAACGGAGUUACAGGCUGGGAAUUAGCAUUCGUAGAAGCCCCCACCUCCAAUGAGACUUCCACAACCGCUAGCAAACUGGCGGGAGGGCUAGACAAACUUACACUGGACAGUCUGUAUGAUGAUGCAAUCAGACGGAGCAACCAAAAUGUGAGCUAUAAUAAUAGCAACCCAUGGGAACAACCGGCAAUGCCAGUGGGCCCACAAACAGUGCACAACUCGUUCUACGCCCCAAGCAUGGUGGUGGGCCCACAGCCUUUCAUGUUCCAGCAACAACCGCAGGUGGUGGUGGGCCCACAACCGCAACCGACCGUGAAUCCUUUCGGCAACCCAUUUGGGGCAAGUGCCAAUCCCUAUAGUCCUGCUGCGGUUCAGUCCUACAUCAAUCCUUACGCCGGCCUCAUUUGAUCAGUUUCCUGCCUCGAUCUUUUUUACUGGCCGACCGAUAAUGGAAGGAGGAGGAGCUUGGACAGUGAGUGUGCCAUUGCAGCAGGUAGGAUGAAAUUAUUUGUUCAAUAAUUCUUUUGUUACAGUGAGAUUCUUUACAUCAAUGGAAACACACAAUAAUGCUUUGUGAGACCUUUUUUUUUAUUCUCCUUUUUUUAAUACCCUGCUUUAGCUCAGGCGGGUUAUUUUUUGUCUAUGCCAAUUUAUUUAUUUAUUUUUCCCUAUAAAUAUUCCCAUGUUUCAUUUUUUGUAAAAUGAUUGUACUUUGUGCCUUGGUGUAUCAAUGAACAUGAUUUGUCUAU